AAUGGCGACGCGCCGGCAGCGCCGCCCCUUCCCGCUCGUCCCGCUCAUCAUCUCCCUCCUCGCCGUCGCCGCCUACGGCCGCCUCAUCUCCGACGGCACGCCCGCCACCCCGUCCAAAUCCAUCCUCGCAUCCCCCUUGUCCUCGGCCGUGAUCCGCCUCAACUCCUCGUCGCCGGCCGCCGCCGAGGAGGAGAAGUGCGAGCAGUCGUACGGCUUCCUCCCCUGCACCACCACCGUGCUCGGGAACCUGUUCCUGGUGCUCACCUACGGCUUCCUCAUGUUCAAGGCCGCCACGUACCUCUCGGAGGGCAGCGAGCUGCUGCUCGAGGUCAUGGGCCCCGGCCUCGUCGGCGGCCUCCUGCUCCCCAUCCUCGGCGCUCUCCCCGACGCGCUGCUCGUGCUCGUAUCUGGUCUGUCGGGGACCAAAGAGACCGCACAAAGUCAGGUCCUCAUCGGCAUGGGUCUCCUUGCUGGUUCAACUGUCUUUCUUGUUACCCUGCUUUGGGGAACUUGUGUUAUUGUUGGCAAGUGUGAUAUUGGGCCAGAUGGUCUUGCUAUUGAUUCAACUAACACCAAAGGCUUCAGUUUGACUGGCACUGGCAUUACAACUGAUGUGCAAACCAGCUACGCUGCACGAAUUAUGGCAAUAUCUGUUCUUCCUUUUGUCAUUGCUCAGUUCCCAAAAAUGUUGAAGAGCGAGCGCUGGGAGCGCCUAGCCAUCUUGCUGGCACUAAUUACAUCGUUCGCACUUGUACUCGGCUACUGCUUGUAUCAGGUUUUCCAGCCUUGGAUUCAGAGAAGGAAGCUCGCAUAUGCAAAGCACAAGCAUGUGAUCUCUGGGAUCUUAAAGCAUGCCCAAAUGCAAGCACUUGGCCGGCUGCUUAACGAUGAUGGCACACCCAAUGAGAAUGUCAUAAGAAAGUUAUUCUACAAGAUUGACAUGGAUGGGAGCCGUAACCUGUCACGAGCGGAGCUCCAUGCACUUAUUGUUGGGAUCAACUUUGAGGAGAUUGACUUUGACAAGCAUGAUGCAGUCGACAAGAUCAUGGACGACUUUGACACUUCAGGCAAUGACACCGUGGAGGAGUCUGAGUUUAUCCAGGGAAUGAAAAUAUGGCUUAACGAAGCCAAGAACAAGGUGCCAGCUAGUGGUGCCUACUCCAAUAAGUUUGUCAGUGACUACCACGCGAGAACAAGGGAGGAGCAUGACCAGUUGGUUGACAGAUCUGACGAGGCAGUGGAGAGUGUAGAGAACCCUGGCUGGUACAUCGCGAAAGCCGUGGGUUUCCUGCUUCUGGGCAGUGCCAUUUGUGCCGCAUUUGCUGACCCACUCGUCGACGCUGUCCACAACUUCUCUAACGCCACACACAUUCCCUCCUUCUUUAUCUCGUUCAUUGCCCUCCCACUGGCAACCAACUCCAGUGAGGCUGUCUCUGCCAUAAUCUUCGCCAGCAGGAAGAAGCAAAGGACCUGCUCCCUCACUUUCUCUGAGAUAUAUGGCGGUGCGACCAUGAACAACACUCUGUGCUUGGGUGUUUUCUUGGCACUCAUCUACUUCAGGGACCUGACAUGGGACUUCUCAUCGGAAGUGCUCGUCAUUCUGCUCGUCUGUGUCAUCAUGGGCCUCUUCACAAGCUUCCGGACCAAUUUCUCACUCUGGACCUGCAUAGUGGCAUUCAUGCUGUACCCUCUGUCGCUCGUUGUUGUGUACAUCCUCGACUACCAAUUCGGGUGGUCAUAGGCUCAUGCUUCUGGCCUCCGGUUUCAGUUUGAUCCUCUUGUAAUUUUUGACUCGUUGUAAUUUAUGUGUCAAAUACUUUGAGAUGUUUAUGUCUGUGUAACCACGGUGUGGAUUGUGUAUCCCUGUAUCUAUCUUCCGUCGUGGUGUAGCAUUUC